AUGAAUGUCCCUUCAAUCGUCAAUCGAAUCUACAUUUUUGUCAGUUGUCUGGAUUCCAUUACGGCAUUCGCAUUUCUUACAUUAGCUCUUGUUUAUCGACAUCAAUGCUUCAAUUUCCCAGCACUCUUAGCAUGUAAUACCGCGCUAACAGUCUUUUUCAGUUCGGCUAAUCACGUAGCAAUAGGUGUGUAUAUGUUCAUUUGGGAUCAAUAUGAGAAUCCUAACAUCGAUACUUUAUGCUCAUUACGUGCGUAUUUUCAUCAUUCUACUAUGGCUUGCAUUCAUUUUUCGUUUAUCCUAUUAGCUCUUGAAAGAUACUGUAAAGUUCGACAACUUAAACUUCUGGCAACUCCAUGGCGAAAGACUUGUACGGUGCUUUUCCAGUGGAUAGUUGGUUUUACUUUUACUUUACCUGCUCUAGUGACAGGCAAUAUGCCAAAGAUGGCAUCGGAUAACUUAUGUUUUGUAACAUUGUUAAAACCCGAGUUUAUGGUAUAUCAGAGUGUGACAACAUUAUUGACGACCGAUGUUACUUUAGGUAUUCUUUAUCGAUCAUUAGUACGUCAUGUGCGCGAAGUUUCGUCAAAACUCAAUAAUAAUCAACAAACGUGGAUGCGCCGCGAUUUGACUAUGGUUCGUCGUAUUGUUCUACUCAAUUUUCAAUUAGCUAUCGUUGGAAUACCAAUACUCAUCGUUGUUAUUCUUACUCUCAUUCGUGUUGAUCUUAUACCUCACAAAAUUAUGCGUAUGCUGCUUCUCUUAUCGAAUUUACCUUUCUCACCUAUGUUAAUUGUCCUUCUAUUACUGACGCCGGACCUUCGAAAAAGUUUAAUUGAAUGUCGAAAUAAACUGAAACAUUGUCGAUCAACCGACAUUACUCCCGUUCACCCAAUAGUAUUCAUCAACCACGCUCAACGGUGA